AUGCUCUCACGUGUUGCUGCAGUGAAGGCACCCCGCAAACACAACCGUCGCCGCGUGACCGGAUCCAGCGGAAGGAGGAGGGAAGGAGGAGAGAGUGAGCCGCAGAGACCCAGCAUGUCCCGGCAUCUCUUCUACUCUGCGGUGCUGCUCCUCGUCGUGAUGAUGUGCUGCAACGCUGGUGGUGCUGCGGAAGCUCCGGGGCAGUCAUCUGAACCAAAUUAUAAAUGGAAGAACAUCAAAAAUGAGGGCGGUGUAACUGUGGAGUCGUUGGGUGUUCCCGGUCUUCUAAAAGUGGGGAGUGACGUAUUUGCCGUUGCCGAGGCGCAGUGCAAGAAGAGUGAUGCAAACAUUUUUACUGGCAUUGCAUCGCAACUACUCACGAAAGAUAAUGCUGACACACCAGUGGAACUGCUAAAUGGAGCCAAAGAUAAGACACAAGUUUUGGAAAAAUACCAUUCAGCAGCGGUGAAGAAAGUGGAUGUGUGCCGACCAACAACAGUUAUGCAGGGAAAUGAUAUUUACAUGCUUGUUGGAAAAUACAGCCAGACAGCUGCCACUGGUCAGGAGGGUGGCGGAGCAGACGACUGGGGAUUAUUGCUGGUGCAAGGAAACGUCAGUGACGAAGGUGGCGGCGAGAAAAGAAUCCAAUGGAAUGAGAACCAGCGACUGGUCGGCACCUUUUCUGCUGAUGAACACAAACGCUUGACGCAGCUGAUUGGCGGCGGUGGAUCGGGUAUUAAGACUAAUGACGGCACGCUUGUGUUCCCAGUGGAAGGCACGAAGAAGGGUGAAGCACCAAAGGAGGAUAAAAAGACCGUCUCGCUGAUCAUAUACUCGAAGGAUGCUAAGAGUUGGACGCUGUCGAAGGGGAUGUCUGCCGAUGGCUGCAGUGAUCCCUCCGUCGUGGAGUGGAAGGACAAAAAACUCAUGAUGAUGACUGCGUGUGAUGAUGGCCGCCGCAGGGUGUACGAGUCCGGUGACAAGGGGGAAUUGUGGACGGAGGCACUCGGGACACUCUCGCGCGUGUGGAGCAACAAAAAGGGCGAAGAAGCGAAGGCCGUUAGAAGCGGGUUUAUCACAGCGACGAUUGACGGUGUUGAUGGCAACAGAAAUGUGAUGCUCGUUACUCUGCCGGUGUAUUCCGAGGAGACUGAUACAGAAGACAAUGGAAAGAGUGAACUCCAUCUUUGGCUGACGGACAAUACGCACAUUUUCGAUAUUGGGCCGGUAUCCGAUGAUGACGCUGCCGCCAGCUCCCUGUUGUACAAAAGUGCUGAAAGUGAAACUAAGAAGGAGGAGUUGAUUGUACUUUACGAGAAGAAGAAGGGCGAUGAAGAAUCAUCACACAGUCUUUGGUCUGUGCUUCUGACUGAGCAGCUGCAGCGUGUGAAGGAUGUGCUGGCGACGUGGAAGAAAGUGGACGACCUUGUCUCCAAGCUGUGCACCACUUCAAGUGCUGUGGAGAGUACCUCACCUGAAAAUGCCUGCAGCCCUACUGUUAAGAUCACGGAUGGGCUGGUUGGCUUUUUGUCCGACAACUUCUCUGAUAACACAUGGAGGGACGAGUACCUCGGGGUGAACGCCACGGUGAAGAAGAAAGAUGGGGCAACAAAGGAUGCAGGGGAGACGGGGGCAACAAAGACUUCCGAUGGUGUGACGUUCCAGGGAGCGUGGGCGGAGUGGCCCGUUGGCAAGCAAGGGGAGAAUCAGCUGUACCACUUUGCGAACUACAACUUCACUCUUGUGGCGACGGUGUCCAUCGACGGUGUGCCGGAGGAGGGAGAUACCCACAUUCCUUUGAUGGGUGUGAAGAUGGAUGACAGCGGGAAGUCUGUACUCCUGGGACUGUCGUACAACAGCGGAGGUAAGUGGGAGUUGUCUUGCGGUGAAGAAACGCCUAAGGAGCUCAGCAGCACUUGGGAGAAAGAUACAACACAUCAGGUGGUAAUUUUGCUACGGAACGGCACCCAGGGUUCCGCGUACGUCGAUGGUCAGCGUGUGGGGAAUGGACAAUUUGAAUUGAAAACUGCGGAAGCGAACAGGAUCUCCCACUUCUACAUUGGAGGGGACGAACGCAGUGCAGGCGGCGCAGGGAGACAAGAAGAAUUGUCUGUGACUGUGAGGAACGUCCUGCUGUACAACCGCCCGUUGAGUAUUGCGGAGAUUGGCGCCCUCAACCCGAAUAAAGCCCUCAUUCCACCUGUGGUGUCUGACAAUGCCCAAGGAACCCUGUCGCAGUUCUCUCCUGCCGGGCAACCGCCGUCGGGGCCUAAAUUGUUGAAUGAAAAUGAGGGUACGGGUGGUGGCAGCACGUCCACAUCAACACCGUCCACUGUAACGACUUCCUUAGGAAAAGAGAAAUCCGCAAUCCAGCUGCCUUUAGGAGUAUCUUCCGGUGGAAACAAAAAUGUGGAUGUCGCUUCUCCAUCCGAUGGUGAUCCAACGGUGGGAGCGGAAGCUGGAGGUGCGGUGCAGGGAGACACACCACCCCAAACUCCUGUGGAUACCCCCGACAAAGCAGAUCCAAACGCUCCUGCCGCUACGGACGUGGCUCAAGUUGACCCCGCAGAUACAACUGAGGUUGGUGCGCGCUCUGGUGAAAAUGGGGAGAAGGUGGGAGGGGCGGAUGGGCAGAAACGGGAGGACAUCCAUGCACAGGACGGCGAAGUAAAGGCUGCGGCACUCAGCAGCAGCCUUGGAAAUGCGUCACAGGGGAAUAACAGCGAUGCCGGCACUGUGCGUGGGAGCGGACUGCUGCCAUCGCUGCUUCUUCUGUUGGGACUGUGGGUGUUUGCGGCUCCGUGA